AUGACACCCCCAGGGGCCCUCACAAGGACGGUGGUGCCCCCAAGGACCCUCCCAAGUGCGGCAGCACCCCCUGGGGACCUUUUAGGGGUGGUGGCGCCCCUAGGGACUCUCCCAGGGGAAGUGGCACCCCCAGGGGACCUGCCAGUGGUGAUGGCGAUCCUAGGAGCCCUCACUAGGAUUGCGGAGCCCCCAAGCGAUAGGACCUUCCAGGGGCAAGAACGUCUCCAGGGAUCUUCCAUGGGCGGCAGCGCUUCAAGUAGCCCUCCAAGGGGUUGUGGAUCCCCCAGGGACCCUUCAAAUGCGUCGGCGCCCCUAGGGGCAUUCCCAAAUGAGGAAGCGUCCCAACAGGCACUUACAUGGGCAGUUCUAACUAGUGCUAAAAUAACUGUCCCCAGAGUAUUUUCCAGGAGCUACGACGUGCCCAAGCACCUUCUCAUGGGCGGCGGCACUCCAAGGGGCCCUCCCAGGGGUUGUGGAUCCCCCAGGAGCCCUUCAAAAGCGUUGGCGCCCCCAGGGGUCCUCCCAGAUGAGGAGGUGCCCUUACAGGUAUUCACAGAGGUGUAG